AUGAUCUCUCAGAAACCGAUCUACAGAGCGAAGAUUAUCUUCCUGCUGGAAAGCACAUGCAAUCACACCGGGGGCUCAAUCAUUGAGCCAGACUCGGUGUUUGACGAGGAGAGCGGGAGGACUUAUCAGAACCACCCCACCGCAAGAUACUUUUUCCCCAACGACCCUGAGGAACAAGACCGUGCGGACCUGCAACACAAGGUCUUCAGGAUGUAUAAUGGAGGGGCACUCUAUCGAGCGCCCGUUGUCUCCCCGAGGAACGUUCUUGAGAUCGCCACUGGGACAGGUAUCUGGGCGAUUCAGUACUCCUGGGAGCAUCCAGAAUCAAGGGUGACCGGCACCGAUAUAAGCCGCAUACAACCGUCUAGGAUACCAGAGAAUUGUUCUUUCAUCAAGGAAGAUUCAGAGCACGACGAGUGGAUCUUUCAGGAACCAUUUGACUUCAUCUUCAUGAAGAUGGUUGGCUAUUGCUUCGAUGACUUCCCCGCCGUCUUCCGGAAAUGCUUCGACAACCUGGAGCCUGGUGGCUGGUUGGAGCUCAAUGACAGCACUACCAAGCUGGUCUGCAACGAUGGUAGCACCAGGGGGACGAAUCUCGAGGCGUGGUCCCAGCGGAUGUCUCAGGCGCACGCUAUCCAAUGGAUGGUUGAUAUUGGGUUCGUCGACGUCGUGGAGCAGGUCGGUCUACUUCCAGGCAACCCAUGGCCAGAAGACCACCAUUUGAAGGAACUAGGCAAGUGGCAAAUGACAAACAUCUACAGAGGCAUCCGCGGUCUUUCGUUCAAGCUGCUGCGAGCCCUCGGUAUGACGCCGCAAGAAAUUGAUGAGUUCGUCAGCGCAGCUACUGAGGACGUGAGGGAUACGAGAUUUCACUUCUCUUGGCCAAUGUGA